UGGGAAAACAUACAGAAAUAAGUGAACUACCUGUGGCCACACAAUUUGAUGGCAAAGAAAGGAUCAAACCAAGGGAAUCCUGGCUCCAGAGUGCUCUUUUGGCUGCAACAUUGUAUGUCUUCAGUUUAGACAUUUUUUCACUUUUAUCUGGAAUUUAUCAGGAAGACAUCUGUGGUCAAUGUGAAUUUUCGUCUGUGUAGGUGACUACACAGACUUUCCUUUUCUUGUGUUUUGUUUGCAUUCUACUAUGUUUUAUUAGAUGCUACCAGAUGCUUUUACUUCAAAUAACUUUCCCAGACACACACAAGUGUAUUUAUUAAUUAAAUGAAAUAUCCAUAUGCAGAGUCUUUUUGUUCCUUUCACAAGUCUUUUUUCAGUUUUUAUUAAUAAUUCUCUCCUAUUUGUGAAAUCACUCUUUUUUAAAACAUUGUUGAUUUAUAUUUUGUUUUUGUAAUUCCAGUACUCCAUGUCUUGCUCUGUCUUGCCCAGGCUGGAGUGCAAUCACACUAUCUCAGCCCACUGCAGCCUCUGUCUCCCCAGUUCAAGCGAUUCUUCCACUUCAGUCUCCAGGGCAGCUGGGAUUACAGGUACCUGCCAUCAUGCAUGGCUAAUUUUUGUAUUUUUGUGGAGACAGAGUUUCACCAUGUUGGCCAGGCUGGUCUUGAACUCCUGAACUCAGAUGAUCCGUCCACCACAGCCUCCUAAAGUGCUGGAAUUACAGGUGUGAGCCACCACCCCCAGCCAUGUCAGUCUUUCUUAUCAUUUAAUAUCUGCCUUUCUGUAUCUCUGGAGAGCUACUCAAGUUUUAUCCUCCACAACCCUGUUUUAUCCUCCACAAUCCUCCAUGAAACCCAGUUUCAUGUCUCCAGCGCUCUUCUUAGCAGCCUUUCCUGUAACUUCUCAUCCUGGAACUGUUUUAAUUCCGGUGGGUAAAGCACUGCCCUGGCCUGACUCUGUUUAUCCUGAAGUGCUCCCUAAUGCUGUGGUCUUUUUCUGCUCCUCUUGGCAUGGCAGUGGACUCCUUCCACUUCAUCAGGUCAUCGCAAGGAGCUCAUUCAAUGAGCUGCUACCCGUUAGAUGGAGAAUCUGCAUAUCGGAUGGAUAGCAAGCAGAACAAAUCUUCAACCCCAUGUUUCCCUCACCACCAAAUCCAUUCAGCCUCUUCUACACAGGUCAAACUCAGUGCCAUGAAUGGAAACGCGACCUUGUCCAGUGGCUUUACCCUCCUGGGGCUCUUCACUCACAAUGAAGGCUCAGGGUUCUUUUUCGGUGUCAUUUGCGCCAUUUUCUUCAUGGCCGUGAUAGCUAAUGGACUCAUGAUCUUCCUGAUUCACAUAGACCCACAUCUCCACACCCCCAUGUACUUCCUCCUCAGCCACCUCUCCCUCAUCGACACGUUAUACAUCUCCACCAUUGUGCCCAAGAUGCUGGUGGAUUAUCUUGUAGGUGAGAGGACCAUCUCUUUCAUCGCCUGCACUGCUCAGUGCUUUCUCUACAUGGGCUUCGUGGGGGCUGAAUUCUUCCUGCUGGGGCUCAUGGCCUAUGACCGCUACGUGGCCAUCUGCAACCCGCUGCGCUAUCCUUUCCUCGUCAGCCAGCGGGUCUGCUGGAUGAUCCUGGCCAGCUCUUGGUUCGGCGGGGCUUUGGACAGUUUUCUCCUCACCCCCAUUACCAUGAGUCUCCCAUUCUGUGCCUCUCACCAAAUCAAUCACUUUUUCUGUGAGGCACCCACCAUGCUGAGGCUGGCCUGUGGGGACAAAGCUGCCUAUGAAAUGGUGAUGUACACGUGCUGUGUGGCAAUGCUGCUGAUCCCCUUCUCAGUGGUGACUGCGUCCUAUGCCAGGAUUCUCAGCACAGUGCAUCAGAUGACGUCAGCUGAAGGGAGGAAGAAGGCCUUGGCCACCUGCUCCUCACACAUGAUGGUGGUGACGUUGUUCUAUGGGGCUGCUUUGUAUACAUAUAUGCUUCCUGAAUCCUAUCACACUCCACUCAAAGACAAGGUCUUCUCUGGCUUUUACACCAUCCUCACCCCCUUAUUAAACCCUCUCAUCUACAGUCUGAGGAACAGGGAUGUGAUACGUGCCUUGAAGAGAGUUAUGGCAAGAUGUUGAGGGACCUCUGGUGUGAGGAGGGCAGAAUUCUGAUAGUUUAAAACCCCCACAUCCUGUUCAGGCACGUGUGGCGUUGCAUCACGAAUGACACGGACAAUGCUGGCAGGGACCGCCAAAGCCAGCUAUGCUGAAUGGGGUAUCAACAGCACUUCCAUCAGAAACGUGAAAUGCUGUGACAGUCACACACAAAAAAUGCCCGAGUUCUAGAAACACUACUUGGGUUUAUCCUUUUUCUGUUUGUACUGAUCCCGAUUCUUCUCUCAUAUCACUUCUCUGAUUGUGGCUUAUGUAUCUGAAUUCCCCAAAAUGUUAAGUUAACAUUAUAUGUUCUGACCAUCUUCAAUGGCCCCAUAAGAACUGGUGAUUUUGACCGCAUUGUUUAAACAAUCCAUCAAUUGACUUAUCAAAGGUGUAGGGAUGCCAGGGUUUGAAAGACAUUAGAAAGAGACUAAAUUGUCGUAAAACUGUAAAAGAAACCUACAUAGACUUACACCAAGAUUUGGAAAAUCCAAAUAUCUCUUCCUUGAGUAACAACUGAAAACACUCUAAAUUUGGAGCUAAAAAAUGAGUCAUGUGUUUUGUGGAAGUGCCAAGACUAAAGGUUUAUGGAAAAGGAGUCUGUAAUGUUGUUUUUUUAACACGGUAACUAAUUGUUACAUUGGAAGACACAGCGAAAGGUGGUUGAGAAAAAAAUUCCCUAUUAACUAGCAGUUUCUGUAACACCUUUUCAGCUUCUUCUCCAAUUCAUUUGCGUUUUUAGACUUCUGGAAUCCCUGUGUAGAUGUUAGCAUUGUUGGAGCUAUUUCUACCAACUUUUUUUCUUCCAAAUAAAUAGUGGGCAGCACAUCUUCCCUUCUCUGUAGCACUGGCUGUGGCAUUGGGUAACAUUACACAGUGGGGAGGAAAUACCCAGCUUUUCAUUUGAAAGUUAAAACCAAAAACCCUUUGCAAAAAUGACUUUGUCACCAGCGGUGCAAGUUUAGAAAUAAACAGGACCACGAAUGCUUCUGUCUUUC